GACCGCUUACAAACCAAACAUGUAACAAUCAAUAAAUCUCAUUACAAGUGCUUUGGAAAUUGCAAGUGAUAUUGAAAUCUUCAACGGUACCAAUAAUUGUGUAAAAGUGUAAGAUGGUGGCGUGUGAUUACACCAAGUCGGAUUUUGGUAUGUCGUAUUCAACAAGUGAAGAUUUAGCAUCGGUUGGACUGUUCAGGUGUUAUUCUGAAACGCUCCUGGCUUCCGCUUCUGCAUGCUGUGUGGCCUUCAUGGUCAUCGGCAUCCCUGGCAAUCUCACUACUAUUAUAGCACUCGCUAGAUGCAGAAAGGUCCGGAAUGCGACAGCGAUAUUCAUAAUAAAUCUCCACAUAUGUGAUGUGAUAUUCGGCAGCCUGAUUCUGCCGCUGACGGCCAUCACGUUCUUGCAGAAACAAUGGACUCACGGGUGGAUCAUGUGUCGCGUGUACGCCUACUGCAAGUUCACUUUAAAUGCCGUCUCCAUCUUCACAGUCCUGGCCAUCACUAUUAACAGAUAUAUCAUUGUCUGUCACCCACUCUGGUACCCCAGAAUUUAUAAAAGAAGAAACAUGACAUUUAUGUUGAUACUCAUCUGGAUGUUGGCCUCAGCACUUUUUUUGCCAUCCUACUUUGGAGCAUGGGGUCGAUUUGAUUUAGAACCUAAUGGAGGAUUCUGCACAAUGCUUGAGGACGAAAAUGGGAACUCCCCAAAGAAAUUCUUUUUAACUAUCGCCUUCAUAGGACCUUACCUCAUUAUAGCUAUAUGUUACGCUAGAAUUUGGUGGGUGGUAAUGAAAACUGCAAAAAAACUACGAGGACAAAAUCCUAGACCAACGCGCCCAACACAUUUACCUCUAAUGCUCACUCAAUCUGAUACGUCAACGGACGGGAGGACACUUAUAAGCUUCGAUCCUGCAAGUUCUACAAACAGUACAACUGAUGACGAUAAGACGCCACCUAGCAGUGCCAGUUCUACACCAAAUGAUAAUAGAACUUUUGACAAAUAUUUCAAGGCUCCAUUUAGACUUACUAGAAAAGAAAUAAGACCAAAGGCACCGACAAGAAAAGACAAAAAACUGUUUGCAAUGAUCGCUGCGAUAAUGCUAUCUUACAAUCUAACUCAUUUGCCAUUGAUGGUGACAAGGUUUGUCUACAAGGAGUAUAAGUCUGAACCUUACGCUAACGUGUCUGCCCAUCUCUUAUCAUAUCUGGGGACUUGCAUAAACCCCAUCAUCUAUGUAUUAAUGUCGAAUGAAUAUCGACACGCAUACAGGAGUCUCUUUGAAGACAUUAUAAAUAAGUUCCGUAGACUUAUUGAAUAGCACGUCAAUAAUGAAGAAAGAAUUCAUAAGGUAAGGUAGUAGGUACUUUACUACCUAAUCUAGUGAGAAUGAUACGUUUCCUGCAAAAAUCAUGAUCAUGAUUACAAGGAGACAAAAACACAUUGGGUGAAACUCACUGUACGUUCUGGUUGUAAUGCGACACUGGACUGGACACACGUUCAUUUAAACGAAAAAGAGGGUUCGAACGUGUGAAGGAAGAGUACCUGUAAAGCGUAAAGAAAUGAUUGAUAUACAAAGACUACUUCCUUGUGCUGUAAGGAAGGUAAAACAGUAUUAUUA